AUGAAUGACUCCAAUUUCUGCAAGAUGAUUCGCAUGAAAAGGACUCUAUGCCGGAAAUACAAACUGGCUAGGAAUGGUAUCUUAGAAAGUGGAAAGGCAUUCGACAGACUCGAUGAAGCAGCACCCUUACAUUUGAAGACAGAAUGGUUAGCCAGGGAGAGGCUAGCUCAGUCAAGCAGAUUGAAUGAUCCUUCAGCCAUGGAUGAAUAUGAGAUCAAUAUCAAAAAGGCACCUAGCAAAAAGGAGAUCGAGCUUAGAUUGUUAGAGGAGGGUAACACCUGCAAUGCAGCACCCUCUCGCAGAUCUGUGGCGACAUGGAUAUCAACAGGGUUAGCAAUUGAAGAGGCUCAGAUUGCAUUGCUCAUCGAGGUCCGAAGGAUCGGAAGAAGAUCCACCAAGACACAGAGAUUAGACAUCGCCCGUCAAAGAGAUCGGCUCCAAGGCCAGAUAGAUGGAUUUGCUCGGUCUGCUCUAACACAUCUCGGGGAGGGAUUUGAUGCAGAUGAUGAACCUGAAGACUUGGACGUAGACAUUCUAGAUGAUCUCAAUGAUGACCUGGUGUAG